AUGAUUAAGAAGAUGUCCCCCUCUGAGAGUGACUUUGACAUUCCUCCUAAGAACUGCUACCGGAUGGUGAUCCUGGGCUCCACUAAAGUCGGGAAAACCGCGAUCGUGUCCCGGUUCUUGAACGGGAGGUUCGAGGAGCAGUACACACCGACCAUCGAGGACUUCCACCGGAAACUGUACAGCAUCAGAGGACAUGUGUAUCAGCUGGACAUUCUGGACACAUCUGGGAACCACCCGUUUCCCGCCAUGAGGAGACUGUCCAUCCUCACAGGUGACGUGUUCAUCCUGGUCUUCAGUCUGGACAACAGAGACUCGUUCCAGGAGGUGCAGCGUCUGAAGCGUCAGAUCUAUGAGACAAAGUCCUGCCUCAAGAACAAAAUAAAGGAGAACAUUGAUAUCCCGCUGGUCAUCUGCGGCAACAAGGGCGACCGGCAGUUCAACCGCGAGGUCCAGCCGGAGGAGAUCCAGCAGCUGGUGGCGGGUGAUGCCCAAUGCGCGUACUUUGAGAUCUCGGCCAAACGAAACGAGAACGUGGACCAGAUGUUUCAGACUCUGUUCACGUUGGCGAAGCUGCCAAAUGAGAUGAGCCCAGACCUGCACCGAAAGGUGUCGGCGCAGUACUGCGACAUGCUGCACCGGAAGUCUCUGAAGAACAAGAAGCUUAAAGACAUCGGCGAGGCCUACGGCGUGGUCACGCCGAGCGCACGCCGCCCCAGCGUGCACAGUGACCUCAUGUACAUCAAAGAGAAGGCCGUAGGGGGCGGGCAGGGCAAGGAGAGCACACGGUCAGCGGGGGGCGCUGACUCCAAUGAAGCGUGUUUCCUGACGCCUGUAGCGUCGGUGAAGAACACUGGCUUUAACAAAACACACAAAGAAACCAGCUCAGUCCAGACUCUGACGCCUCAGACUCUGAGCCUCAGAGCUCAACCCUUGUGGGUUCUAGAUCAGCAGCCGCUAAUCUCCACCUUUGCACAGCGUCUUGUUCCCCCUGUGACGUGA